UUCUUUAUAAAUGCUUGAACAUUCAACUACUGAACAUUAAUUUACUAAACUGCGUCAAGAAUGAACAGUUUAACACUUUGUGUAGUCGCCUUAGCAACCAUUUCCAGUUGUCUGCAACUUCCUUCUAGUUUCCAAAAAUGUGACAGAAGACGAACUGAUUUCAACCAGUGUUUAAGCAAAGCUAUCCACGGUGCUAUUAUAUCGUUAGAAAAACCACUAAAAUCCCAUGGUUUACCGAGUUUGUACGAUGUUGUCUAUCCACCCGAUCUGUAUUUCGAAUUCGGAAAUAGUACUUACGGUUUAAAACAAAAAUAUAGCAAUUUGAGGUUUAUUGGUUUGUCAAACCCACAAAAUGUAACAGCAAGAAUGGACUUUGGUCCGGUGACCAGUACUUUAACAAUAGAGGCCACGUAUUCUGAAAUCAAGUGGUACUCUCAAUGGAAAGCUGAAGGUACUUUGGUUCUUCUACCUUUAAACGUUGUAACACCGCUUGAGGCAAUUCUAAUUGAGCCUGUAUUUACCUUAAAGUUUGAUUUACAAGAGUACGAAAAAGGUGGUACCUAUUUUCGAGUGGUUGGUACUGGAAUUGAUCUUCAAGCACGAGGCCUUGCGUUUGAUUUUAAGCUUUUUUCUAAUGAACGUUUGAAUCGUGAAUUUAAUUCAGCGAUGACUGAAAAGGGGGCUGAAAUAUUUACAGCAUGUAAGCCCCUGGAACAGGUUUAUGCACCUCUGUUUGGUACUAUUUUUAGUGGUUUUUUGGAAAAAGUACCAGUUGCGGAGCUUUUCAAAGCGUAACUGUUUAAAUCUGUGUCUAGUUCUACAUGUUUUUUAUGGGUUAGUCAAGGUAAAUGUAUUUUAAUACGCAUACCUAUAUGAUGUUAAAAAAUUUGAUACUGAAAAUUUUGAUACAUGUAUUAUAACCACAUUUAUAAUUA